CAGCUCUGGUGGUCACGCAGACGCUUCCCUCCAGGGCCCCUUCCACUUCCUGCCAUUGGAAGCAUGUGGCGGACUGCGAUCAGGCUCUAUCAAGAGACAUUCACUAAGGUACUUCUUUCUAAAUAACUGGCUGGGAAGGAGAAUUCAUGAAGCGAAGCAUGAAUUAUUUUCUUCUCGUGGUAACGGUGGUUAACUAUGGUCUUUGUGAAAUCUUCUGGCAUGAAUUGUACAUGGGAAAUCAGUAUGUGAUAUCUAGGAGACUAAAGGUGCAGUCUUCCAGGACAUGGCGGAUGUUCAAAGGCAGAUAGUUUAAGCACUCAUGUUAUUUUCACACCAACCCUGCGGUUGGGCUGAGAGCUAAAGACUAGCCCAAGGUUACUCAGUGAGCUCUGGGGCAGAAUUGUGCUUUCUACCUGCUUCUCCCCAAUCCCAGUCCAACACUCUGCCCAUUGGAAAGUCAUCAAAGAAAAGCAUCUCGCCAGGGCUGGGUACUCUAAUGAAUUUAACCUGAAAGGCAUUUUGAAAGUGUCUGGCACACUCAAGAACUGACUUCUUGUUAGCAUCUUUGAGUUACAGAAAGACCUCUGAAGUGUCUUCAGAGGCCAGUGCACUCUCACACACUUGUGGGUAGAUUCAGGGACAGAGAAUCUGAUAGCUUAGUUCAGACUGGAGAAUAAAUAGGCUUCUUCUUUUUUCAGCUGCCCAGAUAAAAAGUGAAAUGCGCAAAUACCGGUACUUUAAAAUCCGAUUCACAGUAUGAAUGACCAAUGCCAAAUGGGCAAACCCCCUCUUGCUCAAAAAAUUUAAAGGUACAAGAAAGGUUAGCUAUGUAGGCAUGCUAGGACUGAAACAUGAGGUUGUACAAUGAGAGUGGCUCAGAAAACUUUACAAUGAAACAUGAGGUUGUACAAUGAGAGUGGCUCAGAAAACUCAGAAGAGGGAAGAAAAAAGCUAAACAAUUUAUCAGGAGCUAGUGAUCAGUGUGUUUGUUUCAACUCAGAAGCAUAUCCAGUGGAGCCACAACAAUGUGUUCCCUUUAACUUCCAGCUAGGAGGCAUAUAAGCUCAUAAACACAUGUGCUGAUGCAUUUAUCUGUUUCAAAAUGUUGCUGCACCAGCAUUACUCAAGCAGCUGCUAGCAGUUGGCCCCAAAGGGAGAUGAAUUACCAGUUAGUGAUGUUACCAGGCACACCCAUUAGAAACCUACCACACAGCUGGCUGAAACAUCAAAUGUGUUACCAAAGUAGGCAGCAUAAAACAAAGAGCAGAGGCAUCUCUGGGUGCUGUCCCAUCUGUUUGCAACAUCACUUUAUGCAUGAUAAAGUAUACCCUAGAUGCUGCUAUGCCAUCAAACCAAGUCUUCAUACUUCUCCUUUCAGCAGAUCCUCUGGCACAGCUCACAAGCUCUUCUUAAUGAAUAUAUUCACACUGUAUGUUGUUGUUCCCUCCCCUCAGUUAGUACUUCCUCACCCUCCCUGAAUUCUAGAAACCUGAGGUCCCUUUUAGGCAUGUAUGCAGGUAGCUGAUUACCUGUGCACAGACCUUUUUUAUGAAGGGGGGGGCAGGAGAUGCAAGUUUUCUGAUAUAUCAGACUUGCACAAAACAGUAUGCUAAAAAGCAGUGUGUGUCUCACUUGGCCCCACCAGUAGCCCACCCUCCUUCAGUUCUGGAAACCUGAGGUCCAUUGUGGGCAUGUACACAUGGAUUUGUUCACCUGUGUGUACACAGACAGUCCCCCCCCCCCGAGAUAGUUUUCUGAUAUACCAGGCUCGUACAAAACAGUGGUUUGAAGGGGGAAAUGUGGGGAAAUGGCCAGCAGCCCACAGAGGAAUGUCUUGUUAGCAAAAGUAGGGGAAUGUGAUGAUUAGGGAUGGAGGGGAAAUUCAAAUUAUUUAAAGAGCAGCCAGACAACUUCACGACUUACUAGCAGUCCAGGUAUACAGGUAGUGAUAGGAGUGGCUGGAUGGAUCAGGCAAAAGUGGGGCCAGUGGGGCCAGGCAAAAAGAAGAGUGGCUGUCUACGUCGUCUCCAGAUUUGAAGCACUUAGGUGUGGCUGCCUCGUUCUCAAACAAUCUCUGGAAGCCCUGGGUGAAGGGAUGAGGUCAAACAGACUGAAGCUGAAUUGAGAAGUUGGAGGUGAUACUCCAUGCCAAGUGAGACAAUGCUCAUAUUCCAAGUUAGAUUUCAAGCCCGGGCACAACUGAAGUGAAUUGAUUACUUCAUUUUGCUGUGUCUUUUAAUGCUAUGGGAGCAACUACAUUCUUUGCGAGCAGCUCCAACUGGAACAACUUGUAAUUUGCUGUAACCCUGAAUGUGUUGGAAUAUGAGUACUACGCAACUGUAAACAAGCAGCUCGAUGUUUACAUCACAUGAUGUGGCUAGCCCUGGGAAAGGAUGCACCAGGCAGUUCACAGGGCAGUUCACAGGGAUUUGUUCUUUGUGUAAUAUGAGACCUUCCUGUUGCUUUUGUGAAGAAAGUCUAUCGCAGUUGCUCGGAGGAGACUGAACUGAUCGGACAUGUUUUGUACAAUUGUACAGUCAGAAAUAAACCGUAGAUGAAACAGACUUUCUGACUUUCUUCUUUCUCCUGCUGGUAUGCAAGGAGCAAAGGGGGUGUGCAUCUUCCACGCAGGGAGAUGUCGCCUAUCAAGAUCUUCCUGGACUGCGGGGAAGCAAGCCAGGGUAGAUCACCGGUAAACAAGCCCUGGGAGCCAGGGAGAGGGGCCAGCCUCUCCCGAGGGGGCAAGUUUUCCAACAGAAUGUUGCUGCAAUCAUUCUUCCUUCUGGUUUUAUUUCCAUUUCCAUUGGAUGAGAUGGCAGGACAUCCAGAACUGGGAUCAUCAGUGUGUUGUUGUUGUUGUUGUUGUUGUUAUAACUAAUAGGAGUGUGCCAGAUUUAGAUUGGAUCACAGUUUGAUUUGAUUUCCACUUCCCAAUCUACUAUUUGCCUACUUGUGCAAAUUAAACAAAUACAAAUGGUUGCCAUAUAUUUUGACCUUUGCGGCAAAUCUGCUUUAGAAAGGUAUGAUCUGAAUUUGUUAAAAACAACCAUCACCAAACAUGAUUUCCCCCACCGUUUCAUCUUAUUCUGCCUUCCAGUUAAAAACACCCAGCCCACAUGAACAGACCAGCAGGUUAGCAGACACAAUAAGGAUAUGAAAACUUGGGGCAGUUUUCCAUGGAAGAGCCUUUGCUUUUUGAAUAAAGCCAUGCAGAAACUGACAAUAACCUUGCAAGCGUAUGAUGGAACAGGCCUACAAGCAUGCAUGGAUAUGCACUGUAUCAAAAAUCAGAUUACCAUUAUGUAUCCUACUUUGGUGCCAUGAAUAAAGAGAACUGGAUAUAACCAGAAGACACAGACUAGGUGAGAGAACCUGAAGUUCACAAAUUAACCUGAAAGAACUGUGUGACUAAUGUCUCUCCUCUCUUUUUAUCCAAAUGGCAGUGGACAAAACAAAAUGGAAACACGGAGCGACCUGUGAUGCCUUUCCUUAGAGCUGUAGCAAAUGAAAAGGGUAAGUUGUUCCAAGGAAGAAGUCUACUGGUCUUCUCUCCAGAGACAUCUUAAGAGAGCAGUUCCCAAGUGUUAAAAUGUAAGACCUGAGCCUUCCCGAUGUUCUGUUGAAGGUUGUAAGAGGUUUAAUUGCAAGGUAUAAGUAGUAGUCAUCAUACCUGUUAAAUAUUAAAAGUAAUUAUUUCGGGUUCAUUUAUAAAGGGCAUGACCCAAAUACAAAAGUGUGUCAUGACCUAUAAGUUGGGAAAUGCUUCCUUAAGCCAGUCCUGUGAUAGAAUCCCUAACAACUGAAGGGUUUUUUUUUGUUUAUAUUCCACCCAUAAUCAGAAGAUCUCAGGGCAGGUCACAAUCAGCUACAAUAUCAAUUAAACAACAAAAAUAAUAACACCCAGCCCAAAAUCGUGAACAUUUCUCAGCUGAAUAUUAGUUACCAAAAGCCUUCAUAAAAAGCCAUGUUUUCUACUGGCAUCUGAAUGAGAGCAACACAAAAGGGAGUUGAAUUUCAUGGGCUAGGGAGCUGAGGAUCUCAAGUGCCAACACACAGAAAGCCCACCCAUGCCUUAUUUCCAAAGGUAUCGUACCUUUGGGUGGAAUGCUGAGGAUGGCUCCCCAGGAGGUCUUAAUUCAAGGGCAGGACUAUACAGAGAAAGGUCUCUAGAUUAUUCAAUGCUUUCUAGAUUAUUCGUAACACCUGGCUUUUGGAUCAGAUAUGUUUCGGUAGCCGAUGCAAUUCUUUCACAACAGAUGUAACAUGGCUCUGACUAGUUUAUUAUAAUUUAUUAUAAUUUAUAAAAAAAUAUUAAUAUAGUGACUCAUAGCCAAGCUGCCUAUUUCACUAGCUGCAAUUUCCAAGCAGAUCUCACUGCAGCGAUCCAAACAGGAGGUUAUCAGAGCAUGCAUUUCUGUGGCUAGUCUUGUUUGAGGAACAUCUAUAGCUGCCAAACAAACCAGGGCUGGGGGAAGACACUGUGCCCCCUAAGAUCCUUGGGUUUCCAGUGACGAGACAAGGUCCAAUAGUUACUUUCGUAACUUGCAAGUCAAGUGCAGCUAGGGUGAGAAUCCUGCAAGUGACGCCACAGUCAUCACCAGAUGCAUGCUUUCCAAAUUUUAAUUUCAAAACGAAAGCCAGGUGAAUCCCCACAGGUGAAUGUUACAGCCUUGGUGGUAGACAUUGACAGCAGAAACCAAGGUGCAGCUGAGGACUGUGUCUACUUUGUUUAGAACAGCUAGUCCUUAUGCCAUAAACUUUGCUAACCAUCGUCUCCACAAAUGGCAGAGAGUUUUGGGUCUUUGUAUUCCGUGAAUAGUUGGCUUGAAUAUCGUAUCUCUAAGAGGCAUUUCAUACAAUACUUUUAAUGGUCUCAGAUCUUGUAUUUUCCAAUGAACGCAUCUGGAAGCAGCAGAGACAGAUUGGGCAGUCUGUUAUGAAGAAGCUGGCGAUGAGGAAGCAAGGGUUGGAGCACUAUAUAAAAGAGGAGGCACAUCAGCUUGUGGGUACCUUUGCCCAUGUAAAAGGUAUGUGAUACUACUAGAUGAUUUUAUUUGUUCAUAUGAGUAUUUAUAUUAACACCACCCUCACAAAAAGUGUCAGGGCAGUGUACAGCAAUAUAAAACCAUUAAAAGCACCAUUAAAAUGACUGGCAUGAUUAUAAUAAUCAUAAAAAUGAUUAUGCUGGCAGAUAUCUUAGUCUCCAGGUUUUGCUUUGUUUCCUUUGCAAUCUAUGCAUAUUUUGGAGCAGAAUUUGAUGCAUUUUAGUUGCUUUUUAAUAUGUUAAGAAAAUUUCUUCUUUACUCCCACUAUGAAAUUUUACUCUUAGUAUUAUCAUGAGAACAGGAUUGAUGUCUUUACUUCAUAUAGCUGCAAAAAUCUUCACUUGCAGGGCAGCCAUUUGACCCUUUGUUACCCAUCACUAAUUCAGUGUGCAAUGUGGUAUGCGCUAUGGCUUUUGGACAUCGGUAUUCUGCUGAAGACGGAAAUUUCCAGAAGCUCACUGAAGCUAUUGAUCUUGCCUUAAAAUGUGGAGGUAGCUUCAUCUAUGCUGUAAGUAGACUUUUUCUUUCCAGCUGAGUCACACAGGUGUUCCCAGAGCCCUAGCCUCCUGCUAGCAUUCAGAGAGACACUGUGAUUGGUCACAGAUGAAGGGAACCUGACCUGAAAUGCCCCUUCAGCCUUGGGGCAAACACUAUUCAUCAGUCUAACCCAUUUCACAGAGAUAUGAAAAAAGUUGAGAGCCAUACAUUAGGUUCUUUCAAGGAAAGAUGGGGUUAAUUUUAACUAAUGAUCAUUCUUAGGCUAUGUACACAUUCCAGUUUCUCCUUCAUGGAUCACUGCCUUGCCAUGGAGAAGGGGCUUGAACAACUCAGAGAAGCUAUGAGCUAUGCCGUGCAGGGCCACCCAAGAUGGACAGGUCAUAGUGGAAGGUUUUGACCAAACAUUAUCCACCUGUAGUAGGAACCGGCAAGCCACUCCAGUAUCCCUGCCAAGAAAACUCCAUGGACAAAGACAACAGGCAUAUAAAAGUUAUGAUGCUGGAAGAUGAGCCCCUCAGGUCAGAAGGCAUCCAACAUGCUACUGAGGAAGAGCAGAGGACAAGUACAAGUAGAUUCAGAGCUGAUGAAGCGGCUGGGCCCAAGCCGAAAGGACGCUCAGUUGCGGAUAUGCCUGGAAGCGAAAGGAAAGUCCAAUGCUGUAAAGAAAAAUAUUGCAUAGGAACCUGGAAUGUAAGAACCAUGAACCUUGGUAAGCUGGAUGUGGUCAAAAAUGAGAUGGCAAGAAUAAAUAUCGACAUCCUGGGCAUCAGUGAACUAAAAUGGACAGGAAUGGGUGAAUUCAGUUUGGAUGACCAUCAUAUCUACUACUGUGGGCAAGAAUCCCGUAAAAGAAACGGAGUGGCCCUCAUAGUCAACAAGAGUGGCAAAAGCUGUACUGGGAUGCAACCUCAAAAAUCAUAGAAUGAUCUCAAUACGAAUCCAAGGCAGACCUUUUAACAUCACAGUAACCCAAGUUUAUGCAGCAACUAUCGGUGCUGAAGAAACUGAAAUUCUAUGAAGACUUACAACACCUUAUAGAAAUGACUCCAAAGAAGGUUCUUCUUAUAGGGGAUUGGAAUGCUAAAGCAGGGAGUCAAGAGAUAAAAGGAACAACUGGCAAGUUUGGCCUUAGAGUUCAAAAUGAAGCAGGGCAAAGGCUAAUAGAGUUCUGUCAAGAGAACAAGCUGGUCAUCACAAACACUCUUUUCCAACAAUACAAGAGACGACUCUACACAUGGACAUCACCAGAUGGGCAGCAUCGAAAUCAGAUUGAUUAUAUGUGCAGCCAAAGAUGGAGAAGCUCUAUACAGUCGGCAAAAACAAGACCUGGAGCUGACUGGCUCAGAUCAUCAGCUUCUUAUAGCAAAAUUCAAGCUUAAACUGAAGAAAGUAGGAAAAACCACGGGGCCACUAAGAUACAAUCUAAACACUUAUGAAUACACAGUGGAAGUGAGGAACAGGUUUAAGGAUUUAGAUUUGUUGGACAGAGUGCCUGAAGAACUAUGGAUGGAGGCUCGUAACAUUAUACAGGAGGCAGCAACGAAAACCAUGCCAAUGAAAAGGAAAUGCAAGAAAGCAAAGUGGCUGUUCAACAAGGCCUAACAAAUAGCGGGGGAGAGAAGGCAAGCAAAAUGCGAGGGAUACAGUGAAAGAUACAGGAAAUUGAAUGCAAAUUUCUGAAAAAUAGCAAGGAGAGACAAGAGGGCCUUCUUAAAGGAGCAAUGCAAAGAAAUAGACGAAAACAAUAGAAUGCGAAAAACCAGGGAUCUGGUUUGACCAAACCGUGGGAGGCAGUGGAAGACAGGAGUGCCUGGCAUGCUCUGGUCCAUGGGGUUACGAAGAAUUGGAUACGACUAAACGACUAAACAACAACAACACAUUCCAAUUUACUCUGCAUCUGAAGCCCACAUUCCCAGCAUGCUUGCACUCCUGUCUUGGUGACGUCUACACUGGCUUGGUCAUGUACGUAGAUGGCAGAAUCCCCAGGGAUGUGCUCUGUGGGGAGCUGGCUUCAGGCACCAGGCCAUCUGGCAGACCAACUCUGUGCUACAAAGAUAUCUGCAAACAUCAGACAUGAAGGCAAGCAACAUCACUCUCACACACACCUUUUGUAGGAAUCCCUUGCAGAUGAUCACAGUGCUUGGAGACCGUCCGGUCGUGUAUCCACAGCAGUGACCAGAGGAGGAAUGACUGAUGGGAGGAGCUCAGAGACAAGAAAUGCCAUAGUGCAUCCAGAGGCCUCACCUGUCUUUAGUGCGGAGGAGACAUCCUCAAAAGUAAUGUCAUCUUCCUCCAUCUGCUAAACCAAGUUUAUUGCUUUGCAAUACUGCAGGUGAACUUCCGGGAAAGUGAUAAAAGGAGAAGGAUAACACCCAGAGAUUAGGAAAUGGACAGUACUCCAUUGACUCUCUUCCCUUGGAGGUGGAAGAUGGGCAGCAAGAUUGCUGGUAGGGAGGGAAGCUGUGAUACCUUCCAUAUUAGGCAGCCCUACAUCCUCAUAAUCCUGAAUUAAUCCAGGGUAAAUGGAUUAGGUUCUCUGUAUGUUCGUUAGACAGCCAUAAAGAUAUUAUGGGUUAGUGCUGGUACUGCCCAAAUGCAAUGGGAAUCCUGUAGAAUAAAAUCCUGCUCUUAUAUAUUAUUAAUAAAUAUAAUUUGCAUGUUUUGGGAAUGCCACAAAUACCAGUGUUCCCACAACUACUAUAGUACUAGAAAUAUGGGAGAGAGUGAUUUGUUCUGAUGCCAAAUUUUCAUUUACAACUUCUACUAGAGUAAACUGGUGGAUAUGGGAAUCAGAAAAAGGUGUUUCACUCACUGAGCUCCAAGAUACCGGGAUGCCAGCAGGUUAGGAGAGUCUGAUCUCAGCCAUGAUAACAAACAGGCGUCCAAAAGAAGUUGGGUCAUGGAACAUGUUACUUGGCUUCUUCAUGGUAAUUAUUGGAUUUUGUUUUUAUAUUCUUCAAAGCUCCGUGAAAUGUUCCCUUGGGUCCUGAAGCGUCUUCCAGGGCCACACAAGAAGGCUCUGUCCUCUAGGGAGUUUGUGCUUUUAUUUGCAAAGGAAGAGAUGAAGAAGCAUAAAGAACAUCAUCUCCUACGUGAGCCACAGGAUUUCACUGAUUUCUAUCUACUUCAAAUGGAGAAAGUAAGUAUCUGUUUUGUAUGUGAACAUGGUUAAUUCAAAGAGCCAUUACAUUCCCUGCAAGGAUUGUAAGGCAACCACCAGGAUUUUCUGGGUUGCUGAUAAUAUUUGCAUUCAGUCCCCCCUCAAUGGCACUUCCCAGAGAUUAUUGUUAGCUAGUAAAGUGGAUUACAAACCCCACAUGCGCAUGCAUUGAGAAGAAUAAAAGAUUUUUUUUCAUAUGUUUGAUGGCAAAUAUGCUUGAAUGGUCAAGGGUAUUCAAAUACAUUCUUUGUGUAAUUAUGAUAUUUAAAGGACUAAAGAUUAGUCUCCUUUCCAAAUUAAAACAUGUUCUGAGAUUGCAGAAAAGAUAAUAUUUUUUAUUCACCCUGAUUAUGUGAAUUUAUUUCUUACAAUUUUGACUUUCCCUUUAAGCGAACUGAAAUGCAGCCUACUUCAAAAUCAACACUUCUCUGAAUCUUACAGUGCAGUUCUUCAGCAAAGUAAUGUGUACAAAAAUGCAUAUACUAGGAUAGUGAGUAUAUAAAUGUAUAUAUUAGUGUGUGGGGGGGGGAAAUGUCAGAAAAGUGCACAUUAGGCAAAAUUACACUUAUUUAUUAAGAGAAAUUAGCACUAAGAUGCUGAUGGAAUUUCAUGUGAACUUUUUUUAAAAAAAAAGAAAUUUGCAAACUAGUGAGGAAAUGUGGCGAACCAAACUUAAGGUUGAGAAAAUGAGAAUGAGUGGCAAAUUUAUCUAUUAUUUAACUCAAAUUCCACUUAGAACUCCCACCAGUUCUAAAAAAUUUAAAGGGAGGAAGGAUCUUUAAGCAGAGCUCCAUAGGGACAGGUUUCUGUGAGCUCAGUGGGAAAGUUGAGAAAGAUGGAUCCCAGAAUCCACUUUAUAGGGUCCAGGGGGAUCCAAAUCGAAAGUUAGUUCAGGCAAAACCAGAGAAAAGGCUUUGAGAAUAAAACACUGAUGUCUUAACCUUACAAGGAACUAAUCUAAAACACAAGAAAUUUCAUUUUUCCUACUUCCAUUCUGUUCCACGGCUCUGCAAAAAGAAGACCCUGUUUCCCCAGCACAUUGGCGGGGGAGGGGGAGUUGUGUGCAUAAAGAUCCUCAGCAACCCAGAUUUGAUAUGCAUGAAUCUACUCCACACUUACUUCCUCAUAAUCUCAAAAUGUUUGGGAAGAACUGCUGCUUUACUGUCUGCUGUUUUAGGAAGAUGCCUGAGAUGUCCCUUUUUUAACCCACCCACCCCUUCAAUGUCAAUGUGGGAUUACUAAUUAAGGUACAGAACUGCAUGCAAGGAUUUCUUCAUGCUCACCUGUCAUGCUGGGAUGGCCAGGAUGCAAUUUGUUACAAAUAAUCUUUCAUCUUUCUACUGCCAUCAACAGAGCCAAGGUGACCCCAACUCUGUCUAUAAUGCGGAGAACCUGGCCCAGUGUAUACUUGACCUCUUUAUAGCAGGGACAGAGACAACCGCUACUACUCUGCAGUGGGCGCUGCUCCUCAUGGCAACUCAUCCAGAUAUCCAAGGUGAGUCCUGUGCGAUGCCUUUCAUGCAGCAAUGUUUUGGUUAAGGGUGUGAGGCCUUAUGAAAUAUGAAGAAAAAUGACAAGAUUCUAUCUACUUUCAACCGUCCGUAUGGAGAAACAGCUGAGUUAAGAAUCUUAACAGUGAACCAACAGGCCAUGUUUAAUGUACAAACAAGAGGGAUAGCUCAGAUUUCCUUUUUGCCAGGUCCCCUGCAAUUUGCCCUGGUUCUGGAGUUUCCAGACUGAAAUAUAUUCGGAGUCCUGCAGUGAUUUCAAGCUCUUUAUUGCAGCUUGUAAAACAGUGACCGAGUUUCCCCCCAAACCUCAGGCUUUUAUAUACAUUAUUUACACAAUGAGUCGCGUUUGAUUGGCUGAUUCUGCUUCCCUCCUGGAGCCUGAUUGGUCUUCUCUUGCAGGCCAAUCAGUUGUUGCAUUCUAGGAUCCUACUUGCCUAUUGUUCUAGGAUCCAAGCUUAGUACAUAACACAGACAGACCUGCUCCUAUGUCCAUUGAUUUGGGAUAAUGGGAAAAAAAUUCUCUUCACUUUACUCAGGAUAGGUAAACUAAGAUCCACUCUUCUAUUUUUCUGACUCAAGCUCUCUCUCUCCCCCCCUUCAACCCCACACCCUGUAGCAGAAUCUCCCUCUAGUUUCCAACUUCCAUUUCUAUUUCUGACUAAAGGAAUUGUGAAAAUGAGAUGGUUCCAAUUUCUCCAAGCUUUGGACUGUAUGUAAAAAAACCCUGUUUUAUCUAUAGUCAGUUCUGUCAAAGUGGAAUCCAACUGCAUAUACAGGGAACUGAGGUCCAUAGGAACACAACCAUAUUUUGAAGCGUAUUUCAGCACCACUGAGUUUCCUUUAAGAUGCCUGGAUUUUCCACUUCACCCCAUAGCUCAAUUGCCUUUCAGGUUUCUUUAACGUAAUUGUUAGAAGCAAUACAAAAAAGAGAGCACAAUUUCAGGCAAUAUUAGCAAAGCGUCCAGAAUAAAGCUUCCAUUCCCACCAUUUUCAUCAGAGAAAGUCCACAAGGAGGUGGAAGGUGUUUUGGGUUCCUCUCGGUCAGUCUGCUAUCAAGAUUGGAAGAAAAUGCCAUUCACCAGUGCUGUGAUUCACGAGAUCCAACGCUUAAAAUAUGCCUCCUUAUUCAGGAUCAUCAGACAAUAUGCAAAGGAUGUGAACAUCUUUGGAUUUCUCAUGCCCAGGGUAAGGAAAAUUGAUACGGUUGUACUCCAUAUUCCAUGAGUAAGGAGUAAUGCAGAAGCUUCUGUGCAUAGACUGAAGGGCAAGCAAUUCAAUAUAUGCAUAGACUGAAGGGCAAGCAAUUCAAUAACCCUUCCCCUGAAAAAAGGUAUUGCAGUGACCCAGGGUUAAUAUUCUUUCUAAAAUAACUCUCCUCCUGUCCUGCCCCACAUUCUUCAAAAGAAAAACUGCAUGAACAGUGCCUUAACACCAAACUCUCUUCAUUUGGUUCCACUGAUGGCCAUAGCAUCUGUGCCAGAUUCAAGAAUGAGGAUUUGAAACAGAACAGCGAAUAAUAUGUUUUCAGUUUAUUCUUGCUGAAAUAUUUUCCAUAGUGGUUUCACAACAGAACUCUUCUUCCCUAGCUUUUUGGCAAUCUCCCUGAAUAUGCUUUUUAUUACCACGCAGAUGAAGCUUGGGUAUAUAAGAAGUGCACAAAGAUUUGUCCUGGGACAGAGGGACAACCUGAAUAGCGCUGGUCUGGAUGCAUUCUAAGUCAAUUUUCAUUCAUUUCAGGGAACUUUUAUUAACCCAGAUCUGAACUCUGCUGUUCUUGAUAAUAAGCAAUGGAAGACCCCUGAAGAAUUCAACCCAAAUCAUUUUUUGGACAAGGAUGGGAAUUUUGUGGCCAGGGGAGAAUUUCUGCUAUUUGGUUCAGGUAAAUGUAGCAGUGAUUUACUUUUUAUUUUUUUAUAGUUGCUGGGUUGUUUCAGAGAGGCAGAUGCUUCUGUAAGGUUUUUAUUUCCAAAGAAUACAUGAUUAUUUGCUGUUCAUAGCUUUGGGGUCAUGCUGCUCAUGAUCGUUGGGCACUGAAUUACUCUUAUGAGUCUUUACUCAUAGUGCUUUCAGGCCUCAAGUCUCCCAGCUUAUCAGUAUAGAUUUGCUUUCACAUUUCUAUACACCAGGGGUCCGUCAGUUACUGGUGGAUAGCUCAGUCUGUAGAUCGUGAGACUCUUAAUCUUAGGGUCGUGGGUUUGAGCCCCGUGUUGGGCAAAAGAUUCCUGCAUUGCAUGAAGGUUGGAUUAGACAAUCCUUGUGGUCCCUUCCAACUCUAUGAUUCUAUGAGCUUGUGGGCCAAAGCAAGCCUCCCCCCCCCCCCAUGGCAGCCCAAAGUUGAAAAAGGAGGUGUGGAGAUAGCAGGAGUUAUAACAAGGGGAGCUGCUGAUGGAACACUUUGGGUAGUGGCAAAGGAGCUUCACCUCCCAACCUGUGUUCCCUACCCAGAGUCAAAACUAGUUGUUGUCUAUGGUAGAUGUACCUGGAGAAUAAGGCUCCAUAGGCAUUACUAAUUUCUUGCCUUUCCUUUCUUUCUUCCACAGUGGAUUCUGUGUGCUUGGAGGAGCAGCUUGCAAGAAUUGAGCUCUUCAUUUUCUUCAGCAAUUUGUUGAGGGCGUUCAUCUUCCAGCUGCCAAGUGGUGUGAAAAAAUCCAGUGAACAGCACAAAGUUGGACUGACAACCUAUCCCCAUUCUUAUAAACUCGUUGCCAUUCCUCGCAGCAGGGCAUCAUAAACUAUCAACACAGUUUGAGCAGCCUAUUUAUUACCAUAAAUUUCUCGGUUCUGCUCUGAGGCGGAACUUCUAUCAAAAGUUGCAUUAGACCUACGAUAUAAUACAUUGCUAAAUCAAUUUCUGUUGCCGAAUACAGUUCUUCUUCUUUGUUUGCUGUUCAUACACAAGUACUCAG